AUGCCUCGGGGUCAGAAAAGUAAGCUGCGUACCCGUGACAAACGCCGCCAGGCUCGAAGUGAGACCCAGGAUAUCUGCGGUGCUCAGGCCACUGCAGCCGGGGAAGAAAGGCCCUCCACUUCCUCCUCUCCUCUUUAUGGUGCCAAGGGCCAAGAUGAGGAAAAACCAAGCACCUCCCAGGCACCACCCACCAGUGAUCUUUUGAGCACAACCCCUCUAGACCAGAAGGCAAUGUUGUUGGUGCAGUUCCUGCUGCGCAAGUACAACAUGAAGGAGCCCAUAACAAAUCAUAACAUGCUAAAGCAUGUCAUCAAAAAGGACAAGGCGCACUUCCAUGAGAUCCUCAAGCAAGCCUCUGAGCUCAUGGUGCUGGCCUUUGGCAUUGAUGUGAAGGAAGUCCAUCCAACCAGGCACUACGAUGCCCUUAUCAGCAAAUUGAAUCGCACCUGUGAUGCAAGGCUGAGUGGUGAGGAGAUCAUGCCCAAGACUGGCCUCCUGAUGACUAUCCUGUGUGUGAUCUUUAUGAAGGGCAACUGUGCCACUGAGGAAGAUAUCUUGCAGGUGCUUAAUGUAAUAGGGAUAGAUGCCAGAAAGAACCACUAUUUCUAUGGGCAGCCCAAGAAGCUCAUCAUCCAAAAUUUCAUAAAGGAAAGAUACCUGGAGCGCCGGCAGGUACUCAACAGUGAUCCUGUGCGGUAUGAAUUUCUGUGGGGUCCCAGAGCCCAUGCAGAAACCAGUAAGAGAGUCCUUGAGUUUUUGGCCAAGAUCCAUGAUACUGUCCCCAGUUCCUUUCCAUCUUUGUAUGAAGAAGCUUUGCGAGACGAAGAAGAGAGAGUCCGAGGCAGAUUUGCAGCUAUGCUUCCUACUAGUGUGCCAGGGCCAGUGCACGUUCCAGGGUCAAUUCCAGCAGCUUCACCCCUAGAGAAGUCUGAAGCACUUUCCUCACUUUGA